GGCGCGGGCGGGCCCGGGCCCGGGGGGCCGCGGCGCGGGGUCCCGGCGGGGCCAUGGCCUCGGGCGCCGUGUCCACGCUGCCCGACGGCGGCGCCUUCCCGCCCGGCCACUUCAGGGACCCCAAGCGGCUCUACUGCAAGAACGGGGGCUUCUUCCUGCGCAUCCACCCGGACGGCCGCGUGGACGGGGCGCGCGAGAAGAGCGACCCCCACGUCAAGCUGCAGCUGCAGGCCGAGGAGCGAGGGGUCGUGUCCAUCAAGGGCGUGAGCGCCAACCGCUACCUGGCCAUGAAGGACGAUGGACGGCUGCUGGCUCUGAAAUGCGUGACGGACGAGUGCUUCUUCCUGGAGCGGCUGGAGUCCAAUAACUACAACACCUACCGCUCACGCAAGUACUCGGGCUGGUACGUGGCCCUCAAGCGCACCGGGCAGUGCAAGCUGGGGCCCCGGACGGGCCCGGGGCAGAAGGCCAUCCUGUUCCUCCCCAUGUCGGCCAAGAGCUGA